AUGAAGCUUAAAAAUUGGUUUGCAAGUGUUUUGUUGCUAACUAAUGUUAUGCUAACCACUACAUUAGGUGCAUUUGUGGGGGUGAACAUUGGCACCGAUGUCUCUGAUAUGCCAUCUGCUUCAAAUAUAGUUGCUAUCCUUAAAGCUCAUCAAAUUACUCCUGUACGUCUUUACGAUGCCAAUGCGCACUUACUGCAAGCCCUUUCAAACACCAGCAUUGAUGUUAUUGUUGGUGUCACAAACGAAGAGGUACUCAGAAUUGGAGAAUCUCCUUCAGCAGCUGCUGCGUGGAUAAAUAAAAAUGUAGUUGCUUAUGUACCUUCCACCAAUGUCACGGCAAUAGCUGUUGGGAGUGAGGUUCUUUCCACAAUCCCAAAUGUUGCUCCUGUUCUUGUUCCUGCCUUGAAUUCUCUGCACAAAGCUCUGGUUGCGGCAAACCUUAAUUUUCGAGUCAAGGUUUCGACUCCACAAUCUAUGGAUAUUAUCCCUAAGCCUUUUCCUCCUUCUACUGCCACCUUUAACUCUUCGUGGAACUCUACAAUGUAUCAACUCCUCCAGUUUUUGAGAAACACAAAUUCCUCUUUCAUGUUAAAUGCGUAUCCUUAUUAUGGAUACACUAAAGGAGACGGCAUUUUCCCUAUUGAAUACGCUCUUUUCCGACCCCUUCCCUCGGUGAAGCAAAUUGUUGAUCCAAACACACUAUAUCACUAUAACAGUAUGUUUGAUGCUAUGGUGGAUGCUGCCUAUUACUCUAUAGAAGCGUUAAAUUUCAAAGAUAUACCCGUUGUUGUCACGGAACAGGCUGGCCAUCUUUUGGUGGAGCAAAUGAACCCGAUGCUACUGCAGAAAAUGCUGAGACCUACAGUAAUAAUAUGA